ACAGCCAGCUAUAAUGGCAACUCUGAUGUCCAAGGAUCUACGAAAGGGGGUCACAGAUGUAGGCACGCUGAGUGAGAGUGAUAUUGCCAACAUGGAUGACAUUGUUCAGUUGAUGGGUCCUGUCAAAAUGGCAACCACUGUGAUGUGUGAAGAAGACCAGCCAACUCUCUCUGUAAUUGCUCCUCUUCAAGCAAAACUGCUGAAACACCUACAGCCAUGCGAAGACGACUCAACCCUGGUUGCAGAGAUUAAGAGGGUGAUGGCCAGUGACCUCUCCACACGCUACAGAGGCACCCAAGAUGCUCUCAACAUAGCAUCAGCGUUGGACCCGCGAUUUAAAGAACUGCCCUACCUGGAAAAAGAGGACAGAGAACAGGUCUACACAAAACUGGUUUUUGAGGCAGAAGUGUCCCACCAGCUCCAAAUGAGUCACCUCCUUGUAAGAAGAAAGCCUUAGAUGCGCUGUUUGGCGAUUCCUUCACCCAAAGAGAAAGAAAAUCCACAAGCGAGACAGCCAGAGCAGAGGUGUUAAAGUACCGAGCAAAAGAUGCGUUGCCUUUGACUGAAAAUGCCAUGAAGUGGUGGAGAUCUCAGGAGAAAGAGCUACCUGUACUUUCCACCCUUGCUAAACGGUACCUGUGCAUUCCAGGCACCAGUGUGCCAGCAGAACGAGUUUUUAGUACUGCUGGCGACAUAGUGAACGCACAGAGAAGUGUUCUGCAGCCAGAUCAUGUUGAUCAGUUGAUAUUUUGGAAAAAAAAUCUGUAGUCAUUGAAGAGUAGCCUAGUAGGUUACACUUGAUAUUUUGUUGAAUAUUGUUUGUUUAUUAAAAUGAGAGUAGUAGCAGGUUCAUCCACUGCUCAUUCAACCUGAAGAAAUGUU